AGAGAGAGAGAGAGAGAGAGAGAGAGAGAGAGAAGAAAGAGAGAGAGAGAGAGAAGAAAGAGAGAGAAAGAGAGAGACGGGUCUAAGUUCUAAGGAGUAUUCUCCUUUUCAGUCCACUACGCUUCCUUCACCCAUCUCCGUUACCCCCAUUCUCCUUCCACAUUCUCCAUUCUCCUUCCUCUUUUCAAUUUCCUCUUAACAAAAAGACACACAUAAAAAAGCUUUCCAUUGGAUCACGUCACCCACUAUUGCUCUUGCUAUCUCCUCCCUCUGAAUUGACCAUUUUUGGGUUCCACUCGUCUCUGAUCGAAUUGGGUAUUUGCAAGAUCUGCGGCACCAUUUGUUUGGGGCAAAAAGUUUUGAUCUUGGUGGUGGACCAACCCAAUUACCGGUUUGGAUCCGAUCGGGGUAGAAACAGCGCCAUCAGAUGGCGCUGUUCAGAAGGUUCUUCUACCGGAAGCCGCCGGAUCGGCUUCUGGAGAUUUCCGAGAGAGUUUAUGUUUUUGAUUGUUGCUUCUCCACGGAUGUCUUGGAAGAAGAUGAGUACAGAGUUUAUAUGGGGGGAAUUGUGGCUCAGCUACAGGACCACUUUCCAGAUGCUUCUUUCAUGGUAUUCAACUUCAGAGAAGGGGAGAGACGCAGCCAUAUCUCAGACAUACUUUCUCAGUAUGACAUGACAGUUAUGGAGUACCCUCGGCAAUAUGAGGGUUGUCCCCUUCUGCCUUUAGAGAUGAUCCAUCACUUCCUUCGAUCAAGUGAAAGCUGGUUGUCUUUGGAGGGGCAACAGAAUGUGCUUUUGAUGCACUGUGAAAGGGGAGGUUGGCCUGUACUGGCAUUUAUGCUAGCCGGUCUUCUAUUAUACCGGAAACAGUACAGUGGGGAGCAGAAGACUCUUGAAAUGGUCUACAAGCAAGCUCCCAGAGAACUACUGCACCUUUUAUCUCCUGUGAACCCACAGCCUUCUCAGUUCAGAUAUCUUCAGUAUAUUUCCAGAAGGCAUUUGGGUUCUGAGUGGCCACCAUCAGAAACACCCCUAUAUUUGGAUUGUCUGAUUCUUAGAGUCCUUCCAUUAUUUGAUGAUGGAAAAGGUUGCAGGCCUGUUGUACGCGUUUAUGGUCAGGACCCUUCAAUUCCUGCCAAUAGAAGUUCAAAGCUUCUUUUUUCAACCUCAAAAUCUGAAAAGCAUGUUCGCCACUACAUACAGGCAGAGUGUAUGCUCGUGAAAAUUGAUAUCCAUUGUCGUGUUCAAGGGGAUGUGGUUCUUGAGUGCAUACAUUUAAGUGAAGAUUUUAUUCAGGAAGAUGUGAUGUUUAGAGUAAUGUUCCAUACUGCAUUUGUGCGGUCAAAUAUUUUGGCACUGAACCGUGAUGAAAUUGAUAUUUUGUGGGAUGCAAAGGAUCAAUUUCCCAGGGACUUCAAAGCAGAGGUGCUUUUUUUGGACGCUGAUGCUGUUAUACCUGAUCUAACCACAGUCAUGGUGAGUGAAGAUGCAAAUGAGACUGAAAGUGCCGAGACAGAAAGUGCUACACCUGAGGAAUUCUAUGAAGUGGAAGAGAUUUUCAGCAAUGUAAUUGAUGCACAGGAAGGUAAGACAGACUAUGAUUCUCAUGCUUUUGCUGACAAUACAGUGGAUGAUGAAAAUCAUAAAGAGGUCUGGAGGGAAGACUUGGAUCCUCCUACUUUUCAGGAUUGUCCACCAGAUGAUGGGAUUCCCAAGCAGGUUGGCAAGAUGGAUUCUGGUAUUAAUGCAGUGAAAGACAUCUCUAUUGAUGAUGUGAACUACAAAUUCAAUGAGAGCAUGGAUUCAGAUCCUCAAGCAGUGAAGGACAUUGCUGUGGAUGAUGGAGAAAUUAAGCUAACUUCUGCUACAUUUGCUUCUGAUAUGGUUAAGCCUCCGGAAACAAAGGAAGUCACCAUGGAUGUGCACCAAGAAUCAGCAGUUAUGCAAAAUGAAUAUGAUGAAAAUAAGGAAGCAACAGAAAAGGAAUUGGACUCCAAGGCUGGGCAGCCGAUGUCUGAUUUGUCCAAACAAAAAUCUGGUAAACUACUUCCAUCUACUGCCAAGAAACAACUUCCAUCUAACUCUAAGCCAGUUGGAGACACAAUUGCAGCAAAACAAAAGAUUAAACAGCCUGAAACCCAUGGUUUUCAGGCAAAACAAGCUAAGUCAAAUGCAGUAACUAGGUGGAUUCCAUCUAACAAGGGUUCUUACACAAAUUCAAUGCAUGUCUAUUAUCCACCAUCAAGGAAUAAUAGUGCACCAGCUGCCCUGUCAAAUUUCACCACCCCAAAGGAAAAAAUGGAAGAUGCCAGAGCAAGAUCUUUAUCAGCUCCUGUUGUCUCUGCAGCAGCUGUUUCUAUUGACAAGGCAAAUGACCUAAAAAGUCGUAAGAUGGCCACUUCAAAAUCUUCUGGCUACCUAGAAGCAGAAAUAGAUGCGAAAUGUGCACCAUCACCAUUGCCAUCAAUUGAAGAGACAUCUUUUCAGUCAGAUAGUCAAGCAGAACAACAGAACUCAGAGCACAUGCUACAGCCUCCCCCACCGCCUCCUCCUCCCCCUCCCCCUCCCCCUCCGCCUCCAUUUCAUAGUAGAAAAUCUUCUUCACAUGUUUUUGAAUCCUUAUCAUUACAGGAAGAUGUAUCCGCUCAAGACUCUCCAUCUCUAUUAGAAUCACCAUCUUCUUUGGGUGGAAAAGGACCAACACCGCCGCCACCACCACCACCACCAUUGCCACCUUCAACUGUAACAUCGUUUACUAGACAAAAACCAAUUGUAAAUUUACAGCAUGCAACUUCUCUUCCAUCCCCUCCACCUCCACCUCCGCCCCCGUCUCCACCCCCAUUUUUUGGGAUAAAUAAAGGGAGCUUAGUGCCUUCUUCACCCCCUUGGAAGUCUGUGGCUUCAUCAUUUGUUGCAGAGACCAGUGGAUCUUUACUACUUCCUACACCCACACUUCCUUUUACAAGCACUGAAAUUACAUCAGAAGUUUCUGAAGUGCUUACACCAUCACAGACACCACCUCCUCCACCACCACCACCACCACCUCAAUUGGCUCCUCCAAGGUAUGAAGUUUCAUACAGUCCUCCUCUGCCACCAUCAACAGCCCCUAUAAAGCAUGUCAUUUCAUCAAUUCCUCCUCCUCUUUCCCCAUUUCCCAUAGCUUCAACACAUGGGGCUCCACCCCCUCCUCCCCCAUUGCCCCAAUUUGCAUCACAUAAAGCUCCACCAGCACCCCUACCUCCGCCUCCCCCUCCCUCCCUACAACCCUUAGCUAAUUCACAUAUUGGUUCACCUACACCACCUGCACCUCCACCCCCACCUCCUUUUGGUAGAUCUCCACCACCACCACCCCCACCCCCACCUCCUUCAAGUAAAGCACCGCCCCCACCACCUCCGUUUAGUAAAGCUCCACCUCCGCCACCUCCACCUUCACCUCCACCUCCACCUCCUUUUAGUAAAGCCCCCCCACCACCUCCUGCUCCAUUGCAUGGAACUCCACCUACACCUACACCUCCCCCAGCACCACCACUUCCUCCAUCAUGUGGAGCCCUAAUUCCACCUCCACCUCCACCAAUAUCGAGAGCCCCACCUCCUCCAAUGGGUGGAGCACCACCACCACCUCCACCUCCACUUCCUCCUCUUCCAAUGGGUGGAGCACCACCACCACCUCCUCCUCCUCUAAUGGGUGGAGCACCACCUCCUCCACCACUACCUGGUGGUCGAGGACCACCACCACCGCCUCCUCCUCCAAUGGGGGGAGCACCACCUCCUCCACCACUAUCAGGAGGUCGAGGACCACCACCUCCCCCACCUCCUCCAAUGGGUGGAGCACCACCUCCUCCUCCUCCUCCUCAUGGUGGUCGAGGACCACCACCUCCACCACCUCCUCCAGUGGGUGGAGCACCACCUCCUCCUCCACCUCCUGGUGGUCGAGGACCACCUCCUCCACCUCCCCCUGGUGUUCCUGGUGCUCCUCCUCCUCCUGGUGGUGCACCUCCACCACCUCCACCUUUAGGUUCCAAAGGAGCAAAUGUUGGAGCUGAUCCAAGAGGGAGGGGGCGUGGUUAUGCACGUCCAGGAGGAGCUGGUGCAAUGGCACCCCGGCGAUCCUCAUUAAAGCCUUUGCAUUGGAGUAAGGUUACAAGGGCAUUGCAAGGAAGUUUAUGGGAAGAAUUACAAAGACAUGGAGAACCUCAAAUUGCACAAGAGUUUGAUGUUUCAGAGAUAGAGAAGCUUUUCUCUGCAAAUGUUCCAAAACCUGCUGAUUCAGGUGGAAAAUCUGGAGGCCGGCGCAAGUCUGCUGGAUCUAAAACUGACAAAGUCCACAUGAUUGACCUAAGGAGGGCUAAUAAUACUGAAAUUAUGCUCACUAAGGUUAAGAUGCCACUUCCUGAUAUGAUGGCUGCAGUACUGGCUAUGGAUGAGUCGGUAUUAGAUGUUGAUCAGGUGGAAAAUCUCAUUAAGUUUUGUCCUACUAAAGAGGAGAUGGAACUUUUGAAGGGAUACACCGGUGACAAAGAGAAUUUGGGGAAGUGUGAACAGUACUUUUUGGAGCUGAUGAAGGUGCCAAGGGUGGAGUCAAAAUUAAGAGUGUUCUCUUUCAAGAUUCAGUUUGGUUCUCAGGUUACAGAAUUUAAGAAGAGUUUAAACACUGUGAACUCUGCCUGUGAAGAGGUUCGUAAAUCUGUUAAACUGAAGGAGAUCAUGAAGAAAAUUCUUUAUUUGGGUAAUACAUUGAAUCAGGGAACUGCGAGGGGAUCUGCAGUUGGAUUCAAGUUGGAUAGUCUUUUAAAGCUCACUGACACUCGUGCUUCUAACAAUAAGAUGACACUGAUGCAUUAUCUUUGCAAGGUCCUAGCUGAUAAGUCGCCUGGACUCCUUGAUUUUCACCUUGACCUUGUUAGCCUCGAAGGUGCAACUAAGAUACAAUUGAAGUCAUUAGCAGAAGAGAUGCAGGCAAUCAUCAAGGGAUUAGAAAAGGUUAAACAAGAACUUGCUGCCUCUGAAACUGAUGGACCUGUAUCUGAAGUUUUCCGUAAGACAUUGAAAGAAUUUAUAACUGUAGCUGAGUCAGAGGUGGCAUCUCUAACAAAUCUAUAUUCUGUAGUGGGUAGAAAUGCUGAUGCACUUGCACUAUAUUUUGGUGAGGAUCCUGCUCGUUGCCCAUUUGAGCAAGUUACUGCAACUCUCUUAAAUUUUAUAAGGUUGUUUCGGAAAGCACAUGAAGAGAAUCACAAACAAGCAGAGUUAGAGAAGAAGAAAGCUGAGAAAGAGGCUGAAAUGGAGAAGGCUAAGGGCGUUAACUUGACAAGAAAGAGUGCAAAAGAUAGUUGACAAAUGGGUUUUCUGCUCCUUUGCAUCAACAUCAUCAUGCUCUUGCCCAAGAGCAGCAAUGUUACCCGAGUUAGGGGAAUGCUUCUGAGGCCAGUUAAGAAGCCUCCCUUUCCACGAUGAUGAUGUGAGAAUUAGCCUUUCAAGCUGAUAUAUUGACGCAGAAUAGCAAAUUCCUGCCACCUGUGGACCUUUGAACAUAUAACAGGCUUAGGAGUUGAUUCUUUGAUGGCAUGCUGUUGAAUCGGAUUUAUGUGGCCAACUGAUCUUUUUUGUCAGAAUACUCUGGAAAUUCCAGAUUUAGGCGUGGAAUGGAUGCUUACUGUGAUUGCUUGAGAUGCCAUCUGCUUCCAGUAAAUGCUAAGAAAAUGAUGGGUGCAGUCCCAUUUAUGUUCAUUCAAGAAGAAAUUUUGUACAGGGCAUGUCUUCUAUUGCAGUAGAGCUGGCAUUGGCUUGCACCAUUCAUUUGGGCAUAUUUUUCUGGAACCAGAGCAGAUGUUGCUUUUUGGAUUUGCAAAUCUCCAAAAUCCAACCGUAGUACCAUGAAACCUUGUACAAAGCACUAACCCUCUCCUUAGGAUCCAAUUCUUUCUCAUGUAACAUAGAAAUUAGUUUCCUUUUUUGAUAGUGAUUUUGGUAGAUAUCCUCGAGAAAAUGUUGUAUAGCUGUCAGGUUGAGAGAAAAUAGAAAUAUUCAGAAUUGUUUGAUUGAAUUAUAGAACAACAGGCUCUGCUAGCGUCAUUAAAAACUAGUUUGUCGAAGUCCAAUUUUUGAAGUAUGUUUAUUGUUUAUAGAAGGGAUGGUAUUGGUGGUGGCAGAGGAAUUUACUCUGCCAUAGUAGAAUGCAUAUUCCCUUGUAUCUUUACGUACUCUAGUGUUUGUGCAGAAUAUUC